GCCCACGCGGAGUGAUUUAGUGAAGACUACACCCAAGCGCCUGCCCGAUUGCUUCUCUUCGUUGCCUAGACCAGAAGAAAGCCGGGACGUAACGGAGCCGGGAGGGUUCUGCUUGCUGGAGGCCCGAUAAACCACUGAUAAAUACAGCUUCCUCACAGUUUCUUCGUCGCUCAAGAGACGUUUGUGGCUUAUCUUCACCCUACGUAUUUUUUUCCAUCUUAGAACUAAUUUCACAAACAUGUCCUGGCAAAACUACGUGGACAACCUGAUGGCUGAUGGCAGCUGCCAGGACUCGGCCAUUGUUGGGUACACGGACGCCAAAUACGUCUGGGCAUCGUUCGUCGGCGGUACCUUUGCCAACAUAACGCCUGAAGAAAUCGAUGUGUUAAUAGGAAAGGACCGCGAGGGAUUCUUCACCAGUGGGAUGACCUUAGGCAAUAAAAAGUGCUCCGUAAUCAGAGACAGCCUCCUAAUUGACGGCGACUGGACAAUGGACAUCCGGACAAAGAGUCAAGGAGGAGAGCCAACAUACAACAUUACUGUAGGCAAAGCCGGCAAAGCAUUGGUUUUUGUCAUGGGGAAGGAAGGUGUCCAUGGAGGGCAACUCAACAAGAAAGCAUAUGUGAUGGCUGACUACCUGAGGAAGUCCGGAUACUAAAGCAGCCUGUACCCAGCCACCUAGCAGCUCACCCUUACCACCCUGUUGCAUUUCACACUACUUCCAGUCCUAGUUGUUAGUUACUUGUUUUUUUGUUUCUUUUUGCCUUCUCUUCUCCCCAUUUCUUUUUAAAAUUUUUUUUUAUCCCAUAUUUUGUCAUCUUGCCCUAACCCGUCCUUUCCUUAACACACUUGCGUUGUGUACUCUUACCCCCUUGAGCACUAUAAGUUGAUCCAUAGCAAAGAUGAGCAUGUUGCUAACAGGAUGUCAUGACAAAUCUGUACUUAACCAAGACCAGCAAAGAUUUCUGGCCAAACACCUGAACAAUAAAAGCUAUAGCAUCGAUUUGAAGUAGAUAUUUCUUUCUUUUCUCUGUCACGGUGCCCAUUACUUAAUCCCUCCCAAACCCAAUCAUACACACUCCCUCUCUGUGCAGCCGAUGCCUUUGGAGCACUUGAGUGGUAACCAAGCUCGUCAUGUCUUCCUCUUCUACUCCCCCACCACAUUAUGUCCAGGAGGACAGACUGUGUGCAUAUCUCAGUCCACUGUCAUUUCCCUCUCACACCGAUUACUACCCAUGCCUCCCACCCCACUCCUCCUGCCAAAAUUUUCAGUCCCCCCCCACCCCCCCAUUUCCCCAUCCUGUUUGCUCAAAGCAGGCGACGAUACAACCUCAUAGGAGACACUCUACAUCAAACACUACACCACCCAGCUAGCUGCCCCAACUUCUCUCCUUACAGAUUCACUGCUCUGUCCCGUCUACCAUUUCUAAAAAGGGAGGUAGCAUGUGGGGAUGCUCUGAUCAGCUCAGUUAACAAUCAUGAGCUGGAUUCGCGAGCGUUGGUGUCGUCCAGUUGCUGGUAGCCUCCUCCAGUCAUCACAACCUCCCCGACUACACGAAAACCCAUGGACAUUCCACAGUAACAAUGGCUCAGGCACUUAAUACUGUUUUUGUUUGCCAGCUCCUGUAAUAUAUUUCCUUUUUUGUUUUUUGAAAGGCUGCCAUUUUUUGGACAGUAGAAAUCCCAGCAUAUUACCAUCUGGAGUGUGUCCAGUUUGAUUUAUUUUUCUUUGUAUAGGACCAAGUGUAGUCAAAGCUCGGGUGUUUAUACAAUUGCUCUAAAUCAUGUGAAGGAUGACUGCUAACUUUUUCUGAUGAAGGAAUCACUAACCAGACAGUAACACUUACUAUGGUUAUAAAAUAUGAAGCUACAGGGGAGGUAAGGGUGGGAGUAUCUGAAUUCUCAUUUCAGGUUUUUCUUUUUUUUUUCUUUGUUUUAGAAAACAAACAACUGCAUUUGUACAAACCCAUGCUGUGUUGACAACUACAAAACUGUGGAAUAAAUUGCCUUCAACUCUAUAGUCAGCUGAGCUCUGGGGUAUCACACGGUCUGUCCACGCUCAGUACUGCUAACUGUAACAUCCAACUAAAAAAAACAAACCCUUUCAAAAGUAGAAAUGACACUCAAUGUGAGAUGGGAUUGGUUGGAACAAAGACGCUUAUGGUUGUCUUGUCGAAACUUAACUGCAGAACCUGUGUAUCCUGUGCCAUAAUAGAGAUCUGUUGCUGUUGUAAGAUGGAUUUCACCCACUGUCCAAUAAGAAGUCAUUUCAUUGGCACUUUUUCUUUCUUUAAGCUUCAGCUCCACUGUUUAGGCCUUGUGGGAUAUGUGUACUCAUAAGAAAAAAUAAGAAAAAAAAAAAAAGUUUCAAGUCGUGUUAGCUGAUUUAUGUUCAUUUCCUUUUCCUCACCACUUUUUUUUUCUUACAUCUGGGAUACAGUCUCUUUAAUGCAUCUGAUUUCAUAUGCAUAAAACCAAGAAAUGCCAUAAAUUGAUUUAUCACCUUGUUUACAGACAGAUCAAAUAAAUUUAUUCCAACCAGA